UCACUGUGACGGGAAACGUUAUUGUUCUCCUUGCAGUUGUUGACCCUGCCCUUCAUAUGUACAUGUACUAUUUUCUUAAAAAUUUGUCUUUGAUUGAGAUCUGCUACAGCUAAGAUAUUGUCCCAAAAAUGCUGAUAAAUUUGUUCUCAGAAAGGAAGACCUCUUCUUUCACAGCUUAUACUUUGCAAUUGAACUUGAUCGUACUCUUUGUCACGUCUGAGUGUUUCCUGUUAGCGAUCAUGGCUCAUGAUCAACAUGUAGCAAUUUGCCACCCCUUACACUAUGCUAUCAUCAUGACCAAAAAGACGUGUAGGCAAAUGUCAGCAGUAGCUUGGCUUUCUGGAUUCCCUGUAGCAGUUGGGCACACUGGUUGGCUGUUCAGCAUGACUUUCUGCAAGUCGAACAAAGUCAACCAUUUCUUUUGUGACAUCUCACCUGUACUUAAAUUGGUGUGAUCUGAUACCUACAUAUUCGAGCUUCUGGUGUUCAUUGUCUACACCGUCUAUACAAUUGUGCAGAUGCCCAUGGCUGAAAGCAGGCAAAGGGUGUCCUCCACAUGUGCUGCUUAUCUCAUGGCUUUUACUCUCUUUUACUGCUUCCUGGAUUGA